GCUGUGCUGCAGAGGUUUCAAUCAUGGAAACCCGCACGUUACUGUUUGCGGUAUAUAUUUCACCAGGUACCACCCUGAAGCAAAAGAAAUAUUUCUUAGUGCGCAACCUCAUAAAGUACACCCAUGUUGCCAUGCCCGUGGUAGUGUCGGGAGACUUUAAUAUUGAUGUGACGAAAGAGGAGAACAGAGAUUUCAUCUGGUUCAUGAAGCAGUUUCUCUAUCUGGAUUGUGCUUCGGAUCCAACUAUAGCUACUACUCUGGGUGGCACAUGUCUCGAUCUAACGUUCACCCGGAACGUAAGUGUGGAAUGCAGGAGAUACUGCACGUACUUCUCCUACCACCGGCCUAUUUUGUCGAUUCUUGCGGUGUCCCGAGGUAAAACUAAUGAUUUAGAAUUAAACAUAGUUCUCUUCAUCAGUUAUGUUAUUUUAUUCUAGAACCGAUGCCAUCCCAGUGAAGUGAA